AUGUCUCGUCGUUCCGGCAGAUCGAAGGCAUACGCCGACCCCAACGAGACCAAUGAGUUCCCUGAAGAGGACGAAACCAACAAUUACGAAGCCGAACCAGAAGAUGAAGUGGAGGACGAGUUAGAAGUGACGCGAUGUGUAUGUGCUCUAGACGAAUUGACCAACUCCAUGGUGAAUCCCCAAUUGGGGGACGUCCUCAACAAGGAGUAUCACAUCAGAAUAGAUCAGGGACUUUUCAUACAGUGUGACAAGUGCUCUGUAUGGCAGCAUGGUUAUUGUGUGGGUUUAUUUACCAAUGAUGAGGUGCCAGAGAAAUACUGGUGUGAGUUGUGUAAACCUGAUCUUCACAUAUUCAUAUAUGAAAACAAUGAAGUUGUUCGCACGCUAUACCGUCCUGUCAAUGACAAGCGGAAAAAGCUUCUGAUUGAAGAUUUAGCUGCUGGUCAACUGACCUCCAAAACAGCACGCUCGAGAUCCAAGCGACUGGCAGCUUCAUCCGCUUCUCCUUCAGCUGCCCCUGGCGAUCCCAAAGCAUCAAGGAAAGAGAGGAGGCAUUACGACGAAUCUUAUGAUGAGCAACUACAAAAGGCCUUGAGAGAGAGUGCAAAGGAAUCUGGUAUUCCUUUAUCAUCCGAAGUCAAGAAAUCCGAAAGUAAUGAGAAGUCAAAUUCUCACAAAAAGGUGAAGACCGAAAAUGACCUUGAAGAAUCUGAGAAUAACGAGCAAGAUCCUUCCAAUCUCGAGGAAGAUCGUGACGAUGAAACUGAUCCAAAGUCCAGCGAGACUGUUAGGAAGUCGAAGCCCAGAGGUUCCAGAAGCAACGGAAAAUCUAAGGCUCAUUCUGCUCAGAAUGCCACUCCUCUAAGUAAGGAUGAACUAACGAAUCAAGCCUCAAAACCUAGGUUCGUUAGUGAUAAAUCAUCGAUCUAUGAAUUGAGAAAACGUACAGGUGCUAUACUUGAAUGGUUAGGAAGAUCACAGAUAGAAUUAGAGGAAGAAAAAUUAAACAAAAUUGAGUUGUUUAGUUACAAGGAUUCUGAGACUGAUUCUCAAAUAAUAGUGGAGAGUGGCUCCGUCAUUAAGACAUUUGAUGAAAACUUGAAACUUAUGGAGAGUCUUACUGAAAAGAUUUUAAACUGGGAACAAAAAUUUGGCAAGUAUGCCCCAUAA